GCUCGUUUCAGUUGUUUGCCAAGCAUCGCGUUGAAAUGAGCUCCUCUCUACACUUGAUAUUUGUUGUGGUUUUCGUUGCGUCAUUGAGAGCAGCUGUCAGUGGUGAGCUCUCGUUGGUUUCGCGCUCCCAAUGGCGAGCCAGAGCACCGGGUGAAAUGACAGCAAUGCAAUUGCCGCUGGGUCGAGCUGUGAUUGCGCAUACGGCAGGACGCGAGUGCAACGAUGACGAGAGCUGUGCGGAGCAGGUGCGUGGUAUACAGGCCUACCAGAUGGGUCGGCUGAAGUACUCGGAUAUUAGCUAUCACUAUCUGAUUGGUGGCAAUGCACGUGUCUACGAGGGACGCAGUCCCAGCCAACAGGGCGCCAUUGCUGCGGGCAACAAUGGCAACAGUCUGGCCAUCGCCUUCAUUGGCAACUUCGAUGAGCGAGCACCAUCUGAAACAGUUCUUGCUGCUGCGAAGUCGUUGCUGGAGCAUGCUGAGAGGGAGGGACAAUUGGCUGGGGAUUACAAGCUGUUGGGACAUCGCCAGGUGAGCGCCACCAAGAGUCCUGGCGAUGCGCUGUACGCACUGUUGGAGAAGUGGCCGCAUUUCGAUGCACUGAACUGAAAGGUGGAAGUGAAAAAGAUUUGGAGUUCGAUAAGAUUUCGACACGUAAAGACCUUUCCUUACACAUUUAUUGUAAAUAUAAUUAUGUAUAAUUUGUUGCUUGCUUAAAUACGAAUACUAAACUUUUAA